UACACAGUAAGUUUAAAUUCAAUGAUCUGUAUGCUGAACUUUAAUGACACGCUCAAGAAUAGUUGGAGAAGAGAAUUUAUGAUGGUUAAGUCUUCUGAACCAGCUUUUUCAAACCUAUAUUGGGUCGCAAAGUAUUUUUGAUAGGUCAUAUUUCGUACAUAUUAACAAACAAAAUAUCUUGAUAAAAUAAAAUAAAAUAAAUAUAUAAAAAUAAUUUUAGCCGUGAAUGAAUUAAGUUAUCUUUUAGUUGAUAAUUUUAGGACAUAAUAUAUAUCCAAUAUGAAUAUCCAUUAUUUAUUUUAUCGUAACUUUUGUAUUUGCUUUUGUAUUUUUUCAUUACGAUGCUGGGAAAUGUGUUGUCUUAUCGGUAAACGUACUAAUGAUUGUCGAUGGUAUCAUUAUUGUGUCAAUGUACUCAGUGCUCGUACAUAGUCAUAAAUACUCAUAUGUCGAUUGUGCUUACAGUCAAGCUUGUGUACCUAGUACAUCGAGCCUACUAGAGUUCAAACUAAAAUAAUUUAAUUAUGAUAUUAUGCAAAUUUGCAUUUUCUUUUUAUAUCGAAGUAUAUCUAAAUUGUUUUAUUCAAAAAUAAUCUUUACAUUUAACAGAAUUAAGUAUUCACUAUUCAGUAUUCAGCUAUACCUAGUAAGAUUUUUCAACUAAACCAACCGAUUUCAAGUACAUUUUAAUAAUUUUAUCGGUUAAGAAAGGUUACAUGCUUUAUAAUAUUAUAUUAUUUUCAUUUAAGUAAGUUCUUUUUUUAAUUGUGGUCUAAUUAAUUUGAACUCCAGCUAUGACAAUUAAGAAUUUUUUACUAAACCAGUAAAGUUUGACAUUAUUAAUAUUACUCACUUUCAAUAUGCAGAUGUCAGUGUCACACAGCACGAACUACGUUCAAGCCACCCCUGCCAUCGGUGUUCCGAUGAGGUGGAAUUUUCAACAGCCUAGGUCCUGUUUUUGGUUGUUCAUCAUUAUGACGUGCGUGUCAUGCUUCAUGGUCAUGUGUAUCUCCAUUUUAGGUACUAGAUAUUCAUACGAUCACAGUCCGGGGACAACGUUUUCUAUGAAGGAAAUGGAAAUGCUCAUUGAAAGCUUAACCAGAUUAAAUGAACUGAAUGACAAAGACACCAAGAAAGAAAUCAAGCUUUUCGGCCCGAUUCUCGAAGAAAUCGUUAAGUCGAUGAACGUUUCCAUUUCUAAACAAUUGCAAUCCUUAACGGCUGCUAAUAAACUUGUGGAAUUGGUCAGGUCACCGAUGACACACCUUGAUAAGUUUACAUUUUUACCCCAACUGUGGUCUCAUGAGGAGUUUUUGAGGCCAGUGAUAUUACAUUCUGGUGGCAGAAAAGCAGUGUCUGUGGUGUAUGGAAUGCCUACUGUUCGUCGCUCAAAAGAAAAUUACUUGAUACCUACAUUAAUUAACAUCGUAAGCAACAUGAAUCAAACUGAACGGGAAGAUUCGUUAAUAGUAGUGAUGAUUGGCGAAACCGAUCACGAAUACACGCAACAAGUUACUGCGGAAAUCAAAAAUCGGCUACCAGAAGCAGUGAACUCGGGUCUCGUGGACAUAAUUUGUCCGACCACGGAAUAUUAUCCAGAUUUCAGCAAACUUCGCAAGACGCUCGGUGAUCAUAUGAAUCGGGUCAGCUGGAGGAGCAAACAAAAUUUGGAUUAUGCUUUCUUAAUGAUGUAUUGCCAACCAAAAGGGUCGUUUUAUGUUCAAAUGGAAGACGACAUAAUCGCGAAACCACAGUUUCACACUAUUAUGAAAAAUACAGCUUUGCAGAUGAUAGCUGACGGACAAGAGUGGUUCUUAUUAGACUUUGGGGAACUUGGUUUUAUCGGCAAAAUAAUUAGAUGUUCGGAUCUACCGUGGGUAAUUCAGUACUUCAUUAUGUUUUAUAACGAUCAACCAGGGGAUUGGUUGCUGGACGGAAUAGUAGAGGCAAAAGCUUGUGGUAUUGAUAAAAUAAAUUGUCGACAACUAAAAGACAAUUUAUGGGUGAAAUCAAAUCAAACUGUUUUUCAACAUAUUGGUAACUGGUCAUCUUUGGCAGGCAAAAUUCAACGUAUGAAGGCUAAAAAUUUUUGAUAAAAGCAAAUUAUAAAAAGAAAAUAAUUUGUAUUACACAAAUUUAAUUAGAAGAUAAUGAACCAUGAUGAAGUACAGGUGGUAAUACCUGUAGCAAAAAUCAAGAAUAACUCAUAUAAAGACGAUGGUUAGGAAUCGUCUGUGAUUGCUGGAGUGAAAUAGUUUAUUAAGAACAUGUUAUAACAUUAAUUAAUUUGUAUUUAAGUUAUAAGCUUUGUUAAUGUAAUUACUAGUUAAUAUUAUUAAAAAAUUUUUUUUAGAGAAAUGUUUGUUAUUUACGAGAAAUAAUGGCGUGCUACUUAAUUUGCAUACUUAUUGCAUUUAUUUCCAAUCUAUUUAUGCUAAAAAUAAACAUUGACACCUGAGAUAAAAAACAUGAUAUGACAAAUAACAAUGUAUAAUAUGUAAUUACGUACCUAAUAUGUAUAGGAAAACAGGUGGAUGAUUCUCUAUUAUGUUAUAAGUGGGUCACUAUAAUGGAUGGUGUUAAAUUUGAAUUCAAUGUUUGGUAUAACUACUCUAUGGUAUGAUCGCAGGGCGCAGAUACAUGAAACUAUCACUGAAGCUUUUAUUAUUAGCAUUUUCUAUAAAAUACAAUAUUUAAAAAUAUUUUGACUUGUAUUGAACUGUGUGUGGAUAUUUUCGGUUUUAAGUUUUUUUUAGUUUUUUUUUCUCCAAGUGCCAAUAAAAUUUUGUUUGUUGGGUCAAAA